GCGGCUGGAGCGGGAGGAGCGGGAGAUGCUGCCAGCCCUCCUCCGACUGCGCUCGCUCUGCUGUCGCCGCCGCCGCACGGAGCAGUCGCGCGCCUUUCGCUGCGGGCUCGGCCAGCCCGGCCGCCGGGGCCCAGUGUGCCGUGCUCGCAGCGGGUAGCUCAGCCGGCGCCCUCCGCGCUCUCUCUGCGACCGCGGGGCCCGAGGUCGGUUCCGGGAGAAGGCGAGGGCGGCGGCCGCCCGCGCGGGGCAGCCCGGGGACGCGACGCCUAGGCGCCCGCCGCCCCAGAGGCAGGAUGAGCAUCGAGAUCCCGGCGGGGCUGACGGAGCUGCUUCAGGGCUUCACGGUGGAGGUGCUGAGGCACCAGCCUGCGGACCUGCUGGAGUUCGCGCUGCAGCACUUCACACGCCUGCAGCAGGAGAACGAGCGAAAAAGCGCCGCACGCUUCAGCCAUGAGGGCAGGACCUGGGGGGACGCGGGUGCCCCUCCUGGGAGCGGCACCCCCAGCAAGGGAGUCAACUUCGCCGAGGAACCCAGGCACACCGACUCCGAAAACGGGGAGGAGAACGAGGAGGAGGAGGCCGCGGACGCAGGAGCGUUCAAUGCUCCAGUAAUAAAUCGAUUCACAAGGCGUGCCUCAGUAUGUGCAGAAGCAUAUAAUCCUGAUGAAGAAGAAGAUGAUGCAGAAUCCAGGAUUAUACAUCCCAAAACUGAUGAUCAAAGAAAUAGAUUGCAAGAGGCUUGUAAAGACAUCCUGCUGUUUAAGAACCUGGAUCCGGAGCAGAUGUCUCAAGUGUUAGAUGCCAUGUUUGAAAAAUUGGUCAAAGAAGGGGAACAUGUAAUUGAUCAAGGGGAUGAUGGUGACAACUUUUAUGUAAUUGAUAGAGGAACAUUUGACAUUUAUGUAAAAUGUGAUGGUGUUGGAAGAUGUGUUGGUAACUACGAUAAUCGUGGGAGCUUUGGCGAACUGGCCUUAAUGUACAAUACACCCAGAGCAGCCACAAUCACGGCUACCUCUCCUGGUGCUCUGUGGGGAUUGGACAGGGUAACCUUUAGGAGAAUAAUUGUAAAAAAUAAUGCCAAAAAGAGAAAAAUGUAUGAAAGCUUUAUUGAGUCACUGCCAUUCCUUAAAUCCUUGGAGGUUUCGGAACGCCUGAAAGUGGUAGAUGUAAUAGGCACCAAAGUAUACAAUGAUGGAGAACAAAUCAUUGCUCAGGGGGAUUUGGCUGAUUCUUUUUUCAUUGUAGAAUCUGGAGAAGUGAAAAUUACCAUGAAAAGGAAGGGAAAAGCAGAAGUGGAAGAGAAUGGUGCAGUGGAAAUCGCUCGGUGUUCUCGGGGACAGUAUUUUGGAGAACUUGCCCUGGUAACAAAUAAACCUCGAGCAGCUUCUGCACAUGCCAUUGGGACUGUCAAAUGUUUAGCCAUGGAUGUGCAAGCAUUUGAAAGGCUUUUGGGACCUUGCAUGGAAAUUAUGAAAAGGAACAUCGCCACCUAUGAAGAACAGUUAGUUGCCCUGUUUGGAACAAACAUGGAUAUUAUUGAACCCACUGCAUGAAGCAAAAGUAUGGAACAAGAAGAUCUAUAGUGACAAAAUUACACAGUAGUGGUUAGCCACUGAGAAUGUGUUUGUGUAGAUGCCAAGCAUUUUCUGUGAUUUCAGGUUUUUUUCCUUUUUUUACAUUUACAAUGUAUCAGUAAACACAGUAGUGAUUUAAUAGUCUAUAGGCUUUAACAUCACUUUCUAAAGACUGGAUCAUGAAAAAAAUCAACAUACUGAUAAAAUAACUUUCCACUCCACAAAUUUGACUGAAAAGUUUAUUCAAAUUAUUAUAAUAUAUUGAAAGUAUCAGUGUUUAAGAGGAUAAUUAAAGGAUGUUAUUAAAGGUGAUAUAAGAUAUAUUCAUUUUGACUUAUUUAGAUUGAUAACAUGUUAGCAACUGUACCCAUGUAAGAGAGAACUUGGCAAUGAAUCAUGCUACACAGCAUGGCAUCAUAUUCUUUUUACAACUCAUUGUAAGUACAAUUUUAAUCAUUUUUAUUUUAAGAUUUUCUGGCUUGAUAAGUUAUGUGCUGGCCUUGACCUCUUGGUGAAAUGGUAUAAGACAGCAUAUGCAAUUUUAAAACUUUUUAUAUUUUUGCAAUAAAGUACAUUUUGACUUCUUUGGCACAAUGGCAGUAAUCUACAUAUUCCAGUGGUUUUAAGAAUGGGCAAUUUAGUCAUUAUAAUAGGGAAGAGUCUUUUUUAGAUGUGCGAUCACUAACAUUUUUUUCCUUGUCAAGCAUAUAUUUUUGCUUCCUUUUUUCAUUUUGUAAUUCUCUGUAUUCUUUAUCUUUAAAAUUUUGAAUUUAACAGUCACAAAUGAAGUUUCAAAAAUGCUAUGUAAACUUAUUAAAUCUGUUUUUUAUCUUCUAAAAGCAUAUGAUCUUAUACUUAGAAAAAAAAAAAAAAAAAGGUACACCAAAAAUUGUUUAAAUCGUUUUGGGAUCUUUAUCAACAUGCCCACAGCUUAUUUCUUCAUUCUUCACUAGACCUAUUUAAUACAAUCCUUUGCAGACAUCUGCUCCCAUGGGUUUCUAUUUUAUCCCUGUUGCCAACCUGGGGUCCCACUGAUCAGCAGCCACUGAGAAGGUUUGUUUUCUGUUGUUUUUCCUUAAAAAUUUCCUCCAAGAUGGUAGAAAUUAAUUUUUAUAAGCAAAACCUUAUAUAAAGAUAAAAGGAAUUUCUGCUCAUAACACACAUACCAUUAGCCUUUGACAUUUGUUUUAAUGUAGACUCAUAAGUGCAGAGUGAACAUAACUCAGACUUCAUAGAUUUUCAUUGCUAAUUGGUGUGCUUAUUAAAUAAUUCUGUUAUAGAAGAUGAAUUUAAUUCUGUUCAAUCAAAGCAAUAUACUCUUACAUGCUUUCUAGGUCCACAGGAAACAAUUAUCAAUUCUAACGAGUUGUUUACUUUUAAAUGAACAAUUUCAUUUUGGGAAACAAGUUUGAAAAAAAAUAGAUAUAUAUGGGUAAUGUGGCUAGUAUGGUCUUAUUAGAGAAUGUUUAUAGUUCCACUUGCAUAUGAAAUGUAGUUAGAAUAUGUUAAUUGGAUAAUGUAUAUAUAAGAAGUUACAUAAAGUAUGUAAAGGUGUAACUUCAUCCACAUUUUAGAGUACUGUUUAACAUUUUUGCAAAACCUUCUUAAAGGAGAGAGAGCUCUCUAUGUGAUGAUUUGUUUUCUAUUUCACUUCAGACUUUCUUUUAAAAGCCAUGUCUGUUAAACAAGACAGAACACAAAGAACCCAAAAUUCCUGGUUCAUCAUUCUGUAUUCUUAACUUUAUUCACUUUUUCAUGUUACCUAUUUUGUUGCAUAAGCUGAUUGUUAUCUAGUCAAUGAACAGCAAACAGAUGCCUGUUUAAUAAAGAACUCUGACCAAGGCGGUAAAUGCCAGUUACAUUAUUUUCCUUAUUGUUGGUUAUAUUUAAAUUUUCCUUACAAUAAAGCACACUUUUAUAGUAAAA